UCCAAAAACAAAUUUUUGUAGUGUGGGGAAGAAUUAUUCAAACCUGUUAUAAGGGGGGAGACUGUGUAGUUGGGUUGGUACGAAAUCCCAUCAGUCAGGAUCCAGAUGGUUAGAAUCCCAAUGAAUAGUGGUAAGAAUUUUUACCGUACCCUAUCCUACACCUAUCCUUAACAUCUCCUUACCGCAGUCUAACACUAACCAACCACCUCAACAGCCUAACCCUAACUUCCCCAACUCCUGCAGCCUAACCCUAAUCCUCCCCCUAGUGCAGGGGUGGGGAACCUUUGGCCCUCCAGCUGUUGUUGAACUACACAGACCAGCAUGCCUUGCUACCGUUUUGUCCAUGCUAAAACUGUUGCAGGGCAUGCUGGGAUGUGUAGUUUAACAACAGCUGGAGGGCCGAAGGUUCUCCAUACCUGCCCUAGUGCCUAACCCCAAGGUCAGUACAUACCCCUGGGACCCAUCUGGAUUCUGACUGCCAGCAUCCCGAACACAUCCUGUGCAAUUGAAGGUGAAAUGUUCUUGGAUUAGUGAGUACGUCGGAACCUUUAUACCCUGUCUCUGGAUUUUUACAUGUCUUUAGGAGGUGCCAGAGAUCAGGCACUAUCCAAUACUUUCAGUGGGGCAACAUUUUGUAUAAUUGAAAUGUACUUUAUAUACUGUAGGAAAAAAAACAUGUCUAUGCAUUUUUUGUACAGGUUAUAGCCCAUCUCAUAAGGAAGACACCAGCAUUAGCAAUAAUCUGAUGAAGGAGAAACAAACUACUGUAGGCAGCCAAACAUGUUGAUAUAUUGUAAGAACAUGUAUGUUGUAUUCAUUUGGAAUGAUGUCGUGCUCUGGAAAUCGGAAGAUUAAAGUGAGCUGCCACUGUCUCAAAUAAAUGGGAUACUGAUACAGGACACUACAGCGAUCCCAGGGAAUAAAGGUCCACCAUCCGGUUCUCGUUCCUUGCCUCACCUUCCUAUCUGACACAUGAGGAAUUUCCAAAUUUCCCCAGUCUCCUGCAGCCCAUACGCAGCACAAGAAUCUCUGCAAAGAUGAGCUGGAAAAGAGUUGUGUUUCUGUCACUUGCUGCAGCAGUGGUUCUCCUAGCAGUUUUCCAGGUGUGUGAAAGUGCUUCAGUUAGAAAAAGUGAUGCUGGGGCUGCGAAGAAUAAGGAAAGUUUGAAGAAGAUUUUCAUGCAGGAAUCUGAGGCUUCAAACUUUUUCAAGAAACGUGGCAAGAGAUCAACAAAAUCCCAGGGUGAAAUAAAUGGUGAGGGUGUUUUGUGGAAACUUGUUUUCUUCUCUGUCCCAGUUUCCUUGAAAUUCUCCGGGAUCCAUGCUGUCGCUGCAAGGAUAUAUUACUGGAUUGCAUUUAGUUAUAAACAUGGUUUCAUUCCUAUUUAUGACUUGCUUGAGACCUUGGCAAAUAAUGAAUGUUUUGCAAAAAGUUUUUUUAAUACCUGUACCCACUCACUCCAAGAACAGGAAGAACGUACCCGCGAACAAGUAGAACAGUGGCGCCAGUGGCAUUAUGAUGGACUGUCUCCUUCCUACCUUUACCAGCGUCAAAACAUUUAAGAACAAUAGAAUUAGUGUACAUUGAAAACUGUUCUAUCAAUAACUAUAUAUAGUAAAACAAAUACCUACAGUUCAGAGCAAUACUAGUUUCCAAGGAUCAUAAAUUGUAUUUUCUCUGCAGGUUUCUUGUAUUAUUUGUAGGCCAUGGUUGCUCAUACGCAAACUGUCUUAUGUUGUAAAAUUUGUUCAGACUCUUACAGGAGAUUGUUUGAUAGAAAAUGUUACAAGUUUGCAUGUGCAAUAUAUAAUCAUCCUUCCAUACCAGGUUCCCCCCCCCCUUAGGGGGUGGGUGCUAAAAAACCCAAACCAUGUAUUAAGUGGUAUUUUCCUCAAACGUGAUUUCAUUUUAAACCUAAAUAAAACCGUUACAUAACGUA